AGUCAUUUUUAGGAAACCAUUUUGUUCUUAGAUUUACUUAUUUGAAAUUCAAGUAAUAUCUUUUUUUUAAACAAUUGUUUAAAUAUCUGAUUUCAAUUUAUGUGAUUGAUUGGUUUUAACUAUUAAACACUUAGCUCAGAUCGUGGUGGAUCAAUUGUGGUCAAUUGUAAUAGUGACAAUAACGGCCAUUCUCUAAAUCAAGUUUGUGAACCCCUGAUGGAGGAGAACAAAGAAAUCUCCAAAGGACCUGGAAACGCUAAGGCUAAAGGUGAUACACUUCAAACUAAGAAGAUGAAAUCAAAUGAUGAAGUUGACAUUCGGUUAAUGAGUGGUCGAAAGGAAUCAAAGAAAGAUAAAGGCAUUGCAGGAAGUCGCAAUAGUAAAAGAAAAAGAUCACCUUCGCCACUUGUAGACAAAAAACGUAACCGUGCAAGGCAAACAAAGACUAGAAGUUCAACACCGUCAUCUCAUUCUAGUGCUAAAAAGAAGCCUCUCAGAGGAGGAGAAGGCGAUUCAGAUGAAUCAUUUGAGGACACUGAUGCCUGGUCUCCCGAACAAGCGGGUCAAGAAACUCCAGCCUCUAAAUCAGCAAAUUCAAGAAAUUCACUGGCCAACAACGCCUCAAACUCCACAGAGGCAAGCUUGUUAGCAGACGUUGACAUUGCUGAUCGGGAAGAGAAAAGUGUUACUCCUAGUGAAAAUAAAGUGAAUAGUACAAGUACCGAUAAAGCAAAAGUUGGUACCAUUUCUCCUAACAAUAAUUGUGACAAAGUUGUUAAAGAAGAAGAUGAUGACAAUGUUACCGAUCAAACUAAUUAUAUUAUUGUUCCAAGUUAUUCUGCAUGGUUCGACUAUAAUUCAAUCCACGCCGUCGAACGAAAGGCUCUUCCUGAAUUCUUCAAUGGAGCCAAUGAAUCCAAGACUCCAGAAGUUUACCUUGCCUACCGUAAUUUUAUGCUUGACACCUAUCGUCUUAACCCAACUGAAUAUUUAACUGUUACUGCUUGUCGGCGUAAUUUGGCAGGAGAUGUAUGUGCGAUUAUGAGAGUUCAUGCUUUUCUUGAACAAUGGGGGCUAAUCAAUUACCAAGUUGAUGCUGAAUUACGACCGACUCCUAUGGGUCCUCCUUCAACGAGUCAUUUCAAUGUUUGUUUCGAUACACCUUCAAAUCUACAACCUUCUAAUCCUUUACGGGCUCGCCAAGAUACUCCGGUCAGUAAUUCCUCGUCACAAUCUGCAAGUUCUCAAGAAAACAAAGAAAACAAAGAGAACGAAGAGCAUAGCUCCAAACCAGAAUUGAAUGGCAAUUUCGGUUUGAGGACUGAUCAGUAUGAAAAGAAGAAUGCAUACUUCAAGAACAAGGGUGCAACAAAGAUAACCAGAGAAUGGGAAGAUCAAGAAAUACUUUUACUUUUAGAGGCAAUUGAAAUGUACAAAGAUGAUUGGAACAAAGUCUGUGAACACGUUAGCAGUCGAACUCAAGAAGAAUGCAUCCUUAAAUUCUUGCGUUUACCCAUCGAAGAUCCAUACUUAGAUGAAUCUGACGGAGUGUUAGGACCCUUAGCUUACCAACCCAUUCCAUUCUCUAAAUCAGGUAACCCAGUUAUGUCAACUGUUGCCUUUUUGGCAUCAAUGGUAGAUCCUCGUGUUGCCGCAGCGGCUGCCAAAGCUGCUAUGGAGGAGUUUGAAAAGCUCAAGGAUGAAGUGCCUUCUGCUUUGCUUAACGCUCAUAUCAAGAAUGUUGAAAAUAACGCUUCAAAAGGCCUUCUUCCAGAUUUAGACUUAUUUGACUUAUCUAUGAGCGGCAUUGCAGGUACAGACGAAAAAGAGAAUCCUGCCAGUAAUGUAACAGAUGAAGAAAAAUCGCGUUCUGAUGCAGCAAAAAGAUCUAGAAGUGAUUCAAAAGAUGGAAAUAAAUCCGGCGUAGAUCUUAAAACUGAAAAAGUUAACGGUGUCAGUCAUCCCAGUACUGAACAAGGAAAAGAAAUCGAAGAAAAAUCUAAAGAUCUAACCACUGAAGAAAAGGAAUCAACCCAAGAUAGCGGUAAAGAUGUCGAAAUGAAAGAAGUUAGUAAAGAAGAAGAAACAAAGGAAUCGAGUGAACCAAGUGAACCGAGUGAAAAUGCCUCCUCAAGUGAUUCGGCUAAAGAAAAGUCGAGCGAAAAGAGCAACAUUGAAGAACCUGAGGAUAAAGAUGCAACUAAAAGUGACAUUACCAGCACAGACAAGGAAUCUCCUGUCGAAGAAAGUUCUGCCAGAGAUGAUCAAACGGCUUCCGAAAAUAAAGACAAAGAUAAACCAACGACUGAAGCAAUGGAAGAAGGUACUGAUGAUAAAUCAAAUGAAAAAAUCUCAUCUAUUGAAAAUAAAAGUUCAACAAAAGAUAAGAGCUUAGAGAGGACUAAAACCAAAAAUGAAGAUAAUCAAGAAAUUAUGAAAGAAAAAGUUGUCAAAGAAGUUCAACUAUCAACCGCAGCAGCCGCUGCUCUAAGUGCUGCCGCUGUUAAAGCCAAGCAUCUAGCCGCAGUUGAAGAAAGAAAAAUUAAAUCAUUGGUGGCUCUCUUAGUAGAAACUCAAAUGAAAAAGUUAGAAAUUAAAUUAAGGCAUUUUGAAGAAUUGGAAACCAUUAUGGACCGAGAGCGUGAAAAUUUGGAGUACCAAAGACAACAAUUAAUACAAGAACGUCAACAAUUCCACUUGGAACAGUUAAAAGCAGCUGAAUAUCACGCUAGACAUAAGGCACAGUCAAUGCUUUUGGCGCAACAAGGAAAUACAUCAGUAACUGAAGAGCCACCUAUUAGUCAGCCAAAACAAGCACCAUUUUUCCCACCACAACCACCUCCACCACCACCUACAACACCUAUUCAACAGCCUCCCCAUUCUCAGACUGCAAUGACGGCUCAACCAGAGGCUCAGCAGCCACACAUCCCUCCGCAACCUCACAAUCCUCCUCCACCUCAUUCUGCACCUCAACCGCAUAAUCCACCACAACCAUAUAAUGCGCCUCAACCCUACAAUGCACCACAACCAUACAACACUCCACAACCCCACAAUCCUCCUCCACCUCAUUCUGCACCUCAACCCUACAAUGCACCACAACCAUACAACACUCCACAACCCCACAAUCCUCCUCCACCUCAUUCUGCACCUCAACCGCAUAAUCCACCACAACCACAUAAUGCACCUCAACCCUACAAUGCACCUCAACCCUACAAUGCACCACAACCCUACAACACUCCACAACCCCACAAUCCUCCUCCACCUCAUUCUGCACCUCAACCGCAUAAUGCACCACAACCACAUAAUGCACCACACCCACAUAAAUGCACCUCAACCCUUCCCAACAACACUCCACAACCCCACAAAGACUUCUUUUUGUGAUAAUUAAACCUAGAAAAUAAAAGAAAAAUUAAAUUUAAUGAGUUUAAUUCGAGGUAUCUUCAAUUCAAUUCAACUUUUCUGUAAAAAAAUAUUUCAAAGACAUGAAAUUAAUUUUGAAAUAUCCAAAAAUCCUAGACAUAAUCUAAUGGGAAGAAAUUGCCUGUAAAUCAAGUAAAGUCAAUUUGAAAUGUAAAUUACACAUAAUAAAUUUCAAUUAUAAUAAGAGA